CUGUGAUUUAUUAGGUCCGCCACGUUAUUUGGUUGUUGACUGAUGAGGGCUGUGGCAGCCAUGCUGCACGGCGACGGGUGCUGCAGGGGAGCGCGUGCUGGCAGCUCCGGUGCAGAGUUGUGGCUGUGGGACGUCACUGAGGGAGGCAAGCUCAGGCUCACGGAGGCUCCUGGCAUCCUGUGCAGCAACCUGCCGCUGCACUGGCGCUCCAACAAGUCUCUGCCGACUACCUUCAUGGUGAAGGCUUUGUUCGACGUACCCGACGGAACAGUUGUGACUGUUCGCGCCGGGAACGAUGAGAACAGCAGCGCUGAACUGAAGAACAACGUCUCAAUUAUGAAGGAACACGUCGCUAAAUUCAGCGACCUUAGAUUUGUAGGGCGGUCAGGCCGAGGCAAGAGCUUCCUUCUGACCAUCAGUCUGGGCACCAAGCCGCCCGUGGUCGCCUUCUACAACAAGGCCAUCAAGGUGACGGUGGACGGCCCCAGGGAGCCGCGCUCCAAACUCCGGCCCUGCUAUGGGCCGAUGAAGCCAACCUGGUUGGGUUCCCCUUUCCUGUUCGGAGGCGGGCCACUGCCGGGCUUCAACCAUCGCCCCAGCCUCCAUUACCCCCUGAUGGCCAACCAAGCACCUCCAGCUGCCGGCAGUGGACGACAUGAUGAAAGGAAAACAGAAGUAGAAGAUAACACGGCAGGAUCUUCACAGCUGCCAAGGAUGCCGCUCCUCUCAGGGCCUUCGGAGCACCACAUGUCGCACCUUCCCAUCUCCCUGCGCCGGCUGUACCAGACGACGCUAGCAGCGCGCAGGCCCUGGCCUUCCUACCAUCACGGUAUGGAAUCUCGGGCAUACGAGGAAUUUUUCAAAUCUAGAGAGUUUUCAAACAUUCCUCCGUUGAAUGAUACUAAAGAUUGUCCUAGUGUGGCCGCCUUGAACGUUCCCUUGAAUUGCACUAACUCUCCAAAUGCGGGAUCCCACAAGGAACUUGGAAAAUCCUCUGCAAUACCUCAAACCUCGACCAAUAGAACUAUGACGACGAAUAAUAUAAAAGAUGAUUCGAGCUUCGUGACUCGAAACAGAUCUAAAGAACGUACAAAUAUUUCAAAAUUGAAUGAAAGAAUUAAUUUAGGUGCCGAGGAAAAUUCAUUUUCAAAAACUAGAACAUUAAUACAUCAAGUUUGCUUGAAAAACAACUCGUCAAGCAAUAGUCAAUCAGAAGACAACAGAAGUGCGCGAAUCGGAAAAUCUGUUCUGACACCUGCAUCAGAAUCUACUGUAAAAUUAUGGAGACCAUAUUAGUAGAAUAAUAAUUUCAUCGUAGAAAGAGCAAAUUUAUCUUACAGCUGAUUAUCUGUUUAUCGUCUCCGAAGCAGUUGUACAUAUAUUAAGGCCUGGUAAAUUUAAAUACCAUCAGAAGGCUGAAGGUUGAACUCAAUGUCUUUUUGUGACUUUUGCUGAGCCAAUUCGAGAAAAGUGGUCUGUGACACAUCAGUUACUUUCGCCGUGUUCAAUGUCAAGCUCUCGCGACUCGUUAUGAAUCUAUCAAUAAAUAACCGAAGAACCGAAGAACUAGAAAUGCAGAAACAAGUUGGUGAGCUACUCUAUAUAUAUAGUCGGUCAACGUAAAAUACUCUACUGCCUAAUGAGUGUUUAUGACCAUCAGAAAUAAAAAUUAAGGAGAUUUUAAUUGAAAAUUUUUUCAGAUAGAUGUGCAAUAAUAUUCAUUUCUAGAGCAUAGUUAGUUUACGUUGAUAAGUAAUCAAUGAAGUAAUGCAAUGAGAUCGUAAAAGUGAAUCUUGAGAUGUCAGUGCUUCUCGUGUAGAUGUCCUUACACACAAUACAUAAGCCAACAUUCAGUUGGUAGAUAAUGAAGCCAUGAAACCAAGAUUUAUAUUUUCAUGUAACGAUAAAACCGUUUUAGACAUAGACUAGCAUCAGUUUUGUGGCUUGAUUUAAUUUAUAUUUGAAGAAUGUUCAUGGCCUCGCUACCUGCAGUCAUGUGAUACGAGCAGUUUGUGCGCACUAUUAAGUUACUAACGUCUGUGAUACUCCCACUAGUUGCGAUCUUGUAUUAUUAUAAUAAACCGUUUUCAUGAGGCAUCUUGUUAACCUAAGUACUGUUUGUGUUAUUAUUUUCAAGAGAAGAGAGCAAUUAAGUUUGAAAUUUGUACCUAAGCAGAGUUUCCUAAAUAAUCUCCGAAUACUUCGAUAUGCCAGUGGUAGAAAUUUAGAGUUGUAAUAAUUGAACGUGCAUAGUGAAAAAUUUACCUUCAAUUUAUACGGCUGUCUUUUUAGGGCAUUGACACAUAAUUUCACAUUAAUAUUUUAUUUAUUAAUAAUUUUGACUUAUCGAUAGAGUUGUGCAUUACAAUGAAAAGCAAGAAAUUUAGGUAAUCCGCGAUUUUCUUUAAAUCUGCAACGAUUAGUGACUGGAUUUCGUCAUUUUUUAAGGGUAUAACAAACAAUUAUGACGAAAGAAA